GCUCUGUGUGUGUGUGUGUGUGCGUGUGUGUGUGUGUGUGUGUGUGUGAGGGGUGGAGGGGAAAGAGAAAAAGGGUCUGCUGUCACGGCACCUCCUUCUCAGUAACAGCAAACAGACAAAGGGGAAGAAACAGCCCACAAGGUUUUCACCUAACGUAAAGGAUAAGCGGUCACAUUCAGACACAGACAUGCCUUGCAAACUUUUGCUCGCUGCGUUGGUGUGUAUUUGGCUGCAGCGGUGUGAAGCUGGAAGACAGAUGCCUAAACUCUCUGACAAGAAGCUCUGCGCUGACUCCGAGUGUAGCCAUCCCAUCUUGAUAGCCCGUGCGCUGCAGGACUACUACCCAGGAGACUGCCGCUUCAUCCCCAUCAGACAGGGACAGCUGGUCUAUGUCUACGCCAUGCUGAAGGACAGAGGGAACCUUUUCUGGGCCGGCAGUGUGCAGGAUUCUUAUUAUGGACAGCAGGAGGCUCGCGUCGGCCACUUCCCAAGCAGUGUCGUGGAGGAGACACACCCGCUCAUGCCAGCCACCACUGAGGUCAAGACUACUAAGUGGGACUUCUACUGUCACUGAAGGAAAACACAGCAGGCCUUCAUCAGCAGAUGGUGCCGCCUUUUUGCACCUUUUUCAUAAUAAUUUACACACUUUGCUGCACAUGGAUACUGCUGAUGAGCUGACACCUAAAACAGAUAUGGAUUUAGCGCUACAGAAACAGAAUAUUUCUGAAUAUAACCAAAAUUUAGUCAACGUUCCUGUUUCAUUCUCUGCUGGACACCUUCUGUCCAGGAUUUAUCAGUCUAUUAGACAGCUCCUCUUGUCUACUUCCUUUAUAAAUAUCCAUUUUGAUCAACAUCUGCUUCAGUUUUUGCAUUACAUUUUUUCUAAUCUUCAUGCAUGUUGAUGGGAAACAUGGAUCAACAUUUUCCUGAAGAUAGUGCGCGCAUCACUAAGGAAUAUGCAGUGCCAGCAUCAUUAGUGUCCAUGCUCCUCAACAGCAGAUAUUUUGAUAUCUGGUGAGUCCAAAUGUAAAAAAAAUGUCAUAGAAAGUUAAGUGAUGAUGCUCAAGAUUUUAUUCAGUAUUAUUCACAUACUAUAAGUGGAUAGUGUGAAUUUGAAUUGAUCCUGAAGAUUUAUUUUAAAUAAAUUGUUAAAGUUAAUUCUAGAAGAAGUUUUUCUGCCAUAAGAUA